UAGGGAGCGCUCCGCCGGCUGCGGCAGAAAACGGGCAGCUAGCGGGGCCCUUCCCAUCCGGCCGCCACCCACCCUCUCUCAACGGUGUCACCACCGCAAGGAUGACACCAUCACCGCUCAGCCAGAGGACUGGACCUCACGCCCACAGCAGCCAGCCCAUCCCCACGGCCCCGUACUGUGCUGUCUCUCCCCUCUUCUUGUAGGCGUCUGGUGGACCCAGAAAGUAAGAAGCUGCCAGCGGGAGGCUAGACUCCCUUCGUGCCCUUCCUCCCCUCGUUUCCUCUCUGGACACCGGGCUCCCAUCCAGCCACAGUUAGGACAAGGGAGAUAAGAGCUGUGCCGGAGGCUGGGAUGGCCUCAGUCUAAGAAACUGAGCGAGCCGGGACGCCGAGCCCUGAAAGGUCUUCGGUGGGGAGGAGAGAGAAGAGGGCGGGUGGGGUCCAGGGCCACAGCGCUGCAUGGCAAGAGCCUCUGCGUGGAGCCUCCAAGGUCUGGGUCACACGGGGACAAGCCAGCCAGACCCGGGGGAGGGGCAGCCUGGCCCUCCGCACUUCUUGUGACCCCGUGGGAUUAAAGCUCACCUGAACCCGCUUAAUUCUUACUGUUGUGGGUCAACCUUGCAGGAGAAGACCGCCCACUCACACCUGGGUUCCAUCACUUUUGGGUGCCUGAUCCACCUUUAGUCCUCAUGGGGAGGCAAGGGGACAUGAAGGUCACCAGCCCAACUAGGUCACAGUGCUACAGACCAUCAAAAGAUUCACAGUAUCCAGUGGUUGUCAUAUUUGAAAAUUGGAUGGAGUUCCAGGGUGGGUAGCCAUGGGCAAGUUGCUUACCUUCUCUGAACCCCAGUUUGAGUACAGGGGCAGCUGGGAGUAGCUCUGAGCAGCUGUUAGGGUGAACUUUGGGUCUCAGCAUGAGCAGCACCUACCCAUCCUCACGGCCAAAGACAGAUGGGUUCCCUCCAAGCGGAAAGCAACAUCCUGCUCUGUCCUGGGUGCUUCACAUUCAGGGCAUGGAGAGGACAGAGAAGACACACUUGCAUUCUUUGUUUGUGAUCAUCUCCAGGUACUUGCAACAACAAAACAAAGAUAAGCAACGACCAAAAUUGACCCCAAAUUGAGGGUUAAUCUGUCAGCACAUGCAUAGCCUUAGAACCUCAUUAUAGGGAAAAGGCAGAGGAUGCCUGCCUCCUUCAUGUCCUUGAAUUCCAUGAUCAAGCCCCUCGGGUGUCCCUACUGAUUCUAUUUUGCUUUCUUCCUUGGCUGCAACACAGAAAGAAGGACAGCUCUUUUCUCCUCCAAGGCCGAGUGUUAGAAGCAUUACCUCAGUAGCCCAACGUCCUGGAAAAGAGGAAGAUUGGCAAUGACGGAGCAGGUAGAGCGAGAGGCCGGGCAGCCUAGAAGCUCCUGGCUGGCUCCUCUGGCCUGUUUGACGUUGGCUCAAAAGACAUGGAAUUAAUAGGCAAAGCUGCCUCCUCCUCCUCCUCUUACCUGUGGAGGAGAGAUCAGUUCCCGGUUGGCUGGGGCAGUGUCAUUGAUAUAGCUGGUGUCAUCGUUACCUUCCACGAACAGAUCACUCGACACCUGCCAGGGCCAGGAAGGGCCAGGCCUGGGCUUUGCCCGCAGAGCUGGAGGCUUUCACUCUCCCAUUGUCCCAGAGCCCAGGGGAGGUCAAGACACAGGCUUUGCUGGGAUGUGGCUCUUGGUGACCCAGUAGAAGGACUGGACAGCUGGUGCUGGAUCCCCCUUGCAGGUCCUGGCUGCCUCUUUGCUUCCUGCUGCCUGAUCCCUGUGGCUGUCCUGGGCAGAGGAGAUGAAUUCGUUGCUGGCUGGGAGCUGAGGCAGAGCGAUGGUGCUUCACGGAGAAGGGGCUCUGGGAGUGACACUGGCGUGAGGAGCCAGGGGCGAGGAGUGGCCUGGAGUGUCCCUCCUGACGUGUGCAUCCCAGGUGACACCAUGCUGCAGCAGAUCCUGCACGACAUGUACAUCGACCCCGAGCUCCUGGCCGAGCUCAGUGAUGUGCAGAAGCACAUCCUCUUCUACAAAAUGCGAGAGGAGCAGCUGCGACGCUGGAGGGAGCGUGAGGCUUGGGAGGCCCUGGCCCAGGUCGAGGGCCUCAGGCCCCCCAAGGUCAAGCGAGCGAGUGACAAGCACAUCCAGUGGCUCCUGGGGGCAGAUGGCGAAGUCUGGGUCUGGGUCAUGGGAGAAGGCCCUGGAGACAAGCCCUACGAGGAGAUUUCUGAGGAGCUGAUUGCAGAGAGGGCGCGGCUGCAGGCACAGAGGGAGGCGGAGGAGCUCUGGAGACAGAAGGAGGCAGAGAUCACCAAGAAGUUCCGGGAUGCUCUGGCCAAUGAGAAAGCCCGGAUCCUGGUGGAGAAGUGGAAAGUGGAGAUGGAGGACCGCAAGGCUGCCAAAGUCCUGGAGGAGCGCAUCCAUGAGGAAUUCAAGAGGAAAGAGGAGGAGGAGAGGAAGCGAGGAGAAGAGCAGAUUCGCCUCCAGGAAGAGCAGAGGGCGAAGGAACUCUACUGGACCCUGAAGCAGGCCCAGCUGCAGAGCCGCCCCAGCGAGAAGGAGGAGCGCGAGUGGGAAGAACAGCUGCGUCGGUCGAAGGCGGCUGACGAGGAGCGGAGGCGCCGAGCCCAGCGCGCCCGGGACGAGUACCGGCGCCACUCCCUCCGCGCCAUCCAGAAGGGCAUCGCUGGCCUCAGCUCCAGGUUCCGAGAGCUCGGCCAGAGCCACGAGCAGGAGGCGAGACUCUGCCACCACCUCCUGGGCCCGGGGCCGCCUUCACCCCUGGCUGUGCCUGGCAGGACUUGGGAGCGGCCCCUGUGUCCUGUCUCCAGAGAAGUCAUCGUCCGCUGGUUUAAGGAGGAGCAGCUGCCUCGCCGAGCUGGCUUUGAGAGGAGCACCAAAGCCAUCGCCCCCUGGUUCCACGGAAUUAUCAGCCGAGAAGAUGCCGAAGAUCUCCUUGAGAAUAUGACUGAGGGCGCAUUUCUGGUCCGGGUCAGUGAGAAAAUCUGGGGUUACACCCUCUCCUACCGCCUGCAGAAAGGGUUCAAGCAUUUUCUUGUGGAUGCCUCUGCGGAUUUUUACAGCUUCUUGGGAGUGGACCCCAAUCGCCAUGCAACGCUCACGGAUCUCAUUGAUUUCCACAAGGAGGAAAUUAUCACUGUUUCAGGGGGAGAGUUGCUGCAGGAACCCUGUGGACAGAGGGACAGCCCACCAGACUACCAUCUGUUGUUUGAAUGAUUUUUUUCCCCCUUCUCAAUUGGACUCCGUGGGGCAUCCUAUUUUUGAACUCAAGAACUUCCCAGCUCAAAUCCUUAUGGCCUUCUGGAAGAUCCGCCACCAUCCAGAGGGACAAGUAGAUUAGUAUAUUUCAAGGAAUAUGAAAUAUAUGGUGUAUGUGCUGCUGGCUCCUGACCCAGUGCCCAGGACAGAAAUUGCUAAUAGCUGAUGCAACUCUUUCCUGAAAAAUUUAGAUACAACCUCAGAAGAUGAAGCCUUUUUGUCAUGGCUGCCCUAAACUGAAUUCCUAGAAUACAAGGAUCAUGUCUUAAUUAUACAAAUAAUUCCAGUGCCGAACUCUGAAUUUAACAUAUGGUAGACAUUCAAUAAAUGUUUGUUGAAUGACUGCACUUCUUCUGAAAGUUUUCCAACACUCAUCAGCAACGAUUUCUAGUAAGUUAUUUUCUAUUUGUCACUGUUUAUAAAGUCAUGGAGAUGAGAGAAGAAAUAUUGUAAAGGAUUUAUAUGGAAGGCAUAGAUACUGUGUUUUAAAUGAUAUUCAUUGUCACUCUCAUUGAUAUUAUCAUUGGAAUUACCUAAGGCUUCUGGGCCUCAACUUCCAGAAGAGAUGACUGAUACUGCCCUGCCUUCGUAUUUCCCUCUUCUUCUGCCAUCCCUCCUCUGUCUUGGAAUCAUAUCUUGGCCCUGGUUUUGCAAUAUUGAGGCAGUGGUUUCACGUAUUCCUACAGAUAUGCCUAAGCCCCAGGGGGAAUUAUAAACUCAAGAAUGGCUUGUAGACAUAUGAUAAGGCCUUUGCUUUCUAGGAUGUGGUCCUGUUUAUGCAGGUUACUCAAAUGAUUACCUCUGCCUUCCUACUUCUUUUGAUUUUGAUUCUACUGUCCAUUUAUGCUGAGUAUGUUCUUCAUAUUAACAAGAAGACUCUCCCAGUAACUCAAGAACUUUCAGCGAUGGUGUCUAUUUGUGCAUACCCGUAUUUUACAUUUACAGAUUUUAUAUAUAUAUAUAUAUAUAUAUAUAUAUUUGUAUAUGGCAUGUUAUCAUAGGAUUAUUUUAAGCUCUAGAAUCAAGAAGACUUGGGUUCAAAUCUCACCCUGAAACUGACUAGUAUAAUAAUGCUGGCAGCAUUGUAUUUGGUGGGAGUAAAAGGAUGAAUGGACUCUGUGGCCAUCAAUGAACUGGUUACCUUACUUGAUAGUUGUAUCAAGCAUCUCUUAUGUUCUACUCCACCCCUUGCCUCACCUGUUCCUCAGAUCACCUUGACCACUUGUUUCACUCCAGUUGCCACCGCUGAAACCAGUUCUGCAUGGGCUCUGCUCUUCCCCACCGUGUUGAUCGGCCAAUGGUGCCUUGCCUCGUGUGGUGCUAUGGGCCACUCUUCUGUUACUGCAGAGGCAUUAAGACACCAUGCAGCCAAGGAGAGGCUGGAGGUUAACUCCCCAUGAGGGGAACCUUUGAUCAAUGGGAGACAGAGGAUGGUGAUCAAUUCUUCUCCCUUCCUCUUCCCUUCUGGAGGGACUGUUCUGAGAGGCAGUUCUUCACAUGCAAGACGUAUCAAGACAGUCCUGCGAGACUGAGCAACUAGUCACGAUGAAACCAAGCAGUGGCCAGAUGAGUACCACCCCCUCCUGUGUGUUCUUCCUCCUUCUCUGCUUCACUCCCCUUUCUCUCUCUCCUGCUCCCCUGGGACUAUGCUCCUGAGUGAAGCAGCAGCACAUAAGCAUCUGCUGCAGGCUCAGCCUUUUGGGGAAGCCAGGGUAAGGACCCAUCAUACAAACGUGCGCAAUACUAUCCCAUUUGCAUGCUGACUCCAUGUCCUCCCUCCUAUCUACCUGCCUCACAGGGCCCCUGAAUGAAUGCAAUAGAGUGAUGGAGGGAGCCUGCUUUCUGAACUGUAAAGUGCUUUAAAACCUGAUGAUGAUUAUUAUUAUUAAAAUUACCUUCUUUCCAUUAGACUCAGAGGAAUCAAAUUAGAGUUUUGGCUGCUACUUACCAACCAUGUGACUUGUUCAUGUUAUUUAACCUCACUAAAGUUCAGUAUAACUGAGGAGAGAAUUUUCUACAUGGCCAUCGCUAGGCCUUUAGGCAGGUCAGUUAAAUGAUAAAUACGAAAGCUCUGUCAAAUGGAGGGUAUCGCUGAUGACAACCGCUUUAACAGCAGCAACAGUUUCAUGCUUAGCGGGGACGUGUCAGGGGGAUACGAUGUGAUGAUUUUCAAGGUGUUAGAAGAAACUAACAAGAAGAAAGUUCUCACUCCAAAGCAGCUUUGAAAGUAGACCAAGAUGGGUUGAGAACCUGAUUCCCUAGGCUGUUGUUCCUGUCACCCCUAAUUAACAUGUGAGAGACAACAGCUGAGUUUUCCAUGCCUAAUACAUUUAUUUCCUUUUAUUUGGGGCCUGCACUUUCUGCACGUCUCAUAGAUUUUAGGUUUUACCUGGCUUUAAAAUAAAUUCCUUGUAAGUUGUCCUGCAAAUGAAAUUACUGUCUGGAAAACUGCAAUCUC